UCAGCAUCCGCUACCACAUCGCGACCGCAUCACGCGACGUCUUCGUUCACACAACACAAAACGCCUCUGGAUCCCAAAACUACUAUCCCGAAUUCCCGAUCAACGUCGACUUCGCAUAAUCCGCCGCCAUGUCUGAACGAAAAGUGCUCACCAAGUACUACCCACCAGACUUCGACCCCUCGAAGAUCACGCGUCAACGCGGUCCCAAGAAUGCCGGUCCCAAGCUGAUGACGGUCCGUCUCAUGGCCCCUUUCUCCAUGAAGUGCACCCACUGCGGCGAGUUCAUCUACAAAGGGCGCAAGUUCAACGCGCGCAAAGAGACGACGGAUGAAAAGUACUACAACAUCGCCAUAUUCCGCUUCUACAUCCGAUGCACGCGAUGCUCCGGCGAGAUCACCUUCAAGACCGACCCCAAGAACAUGGACUACGAAUGCGAGCGUGGCGCAAAGAGAAACUUCGAGCCAUGGAGGGAGGCCAAGCUAAACGAAGAGACCGAAGAAGAGCGCUUAGAUCGCAUAGAGAGAGAGGAAGCGGAGCGCGAUGCGAUGAAGGAACUCGAAUCAAAAGUCCACGAUGCGAAGACAGAGAUGGCCAUCGCAGAUGCUCUAGACGAGAUCCGGUCGAGAAACGCUAGACUGGAGAAGGCAGACCGCGAAGGCAAAGGAACCGAUGUCCCGCCCGAUGCGGCCGACGAGCGACGGAAGAAGCAAGAGGAAGAAGAUGCAGAGGCUGCACGACAAGCCUUCUCAAACCGGAGCAUGCCUGAUAUCGGCGAGGAGACAAUCGAUGAAGAUAUGUUCGAUGCACCUGUCGAAGUACCUGUGGUCACAACCUUCACCAAGAAGCCAAAGGAAAAGAAAGACUUCAGCGCCGCAUUAGGCAUCAAGAAGAAGACGCCUGCAUCGGCUCCUGCGCCCCAGACGAAAGCUGCUGCGCCACCCUCAAAACUAUCCACCAUGCUUGUAGCUGGUUACGACAGCGAUGAUGACUGAGCCACGCCUGGAAUGACUAUCUCACACAUUCUCACAAUAGCAAUCGCGGCAUACAAACCACAACGCCGUGCUGCGCUGCAUCCCAUACUAUGACGUUUGGGCGCAGUGUUGUAAUACUAACCGGUCACGCGGAAAGCUGCUAGGAUCUCAUGUACCCCAGAACAUGGUUAGUCGCAUCGGUAGCCAACCACGAAAGUUUCACGAGCUUAU